GAUGUGAACACAUGACCGUUAGUCAGAGUCUGAAUCAGAGAGAGGUUUUCUUUCAGAAGCGAAGCACCAGCACAGCGCAACAACACUCGGGCUACAUGCAGGAUGGCAGAAAGUUCAUCAGAACUGACGUUUAAUAUCGACCACGGUUAUCUGGAGGGUCUGGUACGCGGACUAAAAACUGGGCUCCUUACUCACACUGACUAUCACAAUCUGGCCCAGUGUGACACACUCGAAGAUAUGAAACUGCACCUUCAGAACACAGACUACGGCAAGCUGCUGUCCUCAGCUGGGGAGGAGGACCUAACCGUGUCUAUGGUAGACCGCAAACUGAGGGACAACCUGGUCACGGAAUUCAACUGCCUCCGCUCCAACAGUCUGCCACCGCUCUCCACCUUCCUUGACUAUAUCACCUACAGCUACAUGAUUGACAAUGUGGUGUUGCUGAUCACGGGGACCCUGAAACACAGGCAGGUGGAGGAACUUCUCCCACGGUGUCACCCACUCGGCGCAUUUGACCAAAUGGCGGCGGUGGGCCUCGCCCGCACCCCGACCGAACUCUACACGGCCAUCCUGGUCGACACUCCGCUGGGUCAGUUUUUCCAGGACGCAGUUUCUGAGUCGAGCUUGGAUGAGAUGGAGGCGGAAAUAUUGAGGAAUAAACUUCAUAAGGCAUAUUUGGAGUCUUUCCACUCGUUCUGCAAGAACAUUGGCGGUACCACAAAGGAUAUCAUGUGUCCCAUCUUGGAGUUCGAGGCAGACAGACGGGCCUUCAUCAUAACGGUGAACUCCUUCGGGACGGACCUGAGUAGCGCAGACAGAAGUUCGUUGUAUCCAUCUUGUGGUAAACUUUACCCUGAAGGGUUGCAAUUACUGUCCAAAGUAGAAGAGCGUGAACAAGUCAAAGCGAUCGCCGACUGUUACCCGGAGUACAAGAUCGUUUUUGAGAACCCAGACCCAGAAUUAGAUUUCAAGACACUGGAAGACAAAUUCUUUCAGGAAGAGGUGAGGCUGAACACACUCGUGUUCCUCCAGCAGUUCCACUUUGGCGUGUUUUAUUCCUACAUCAAGCUGAAGGAGCAGGAGAUUCGCAACAUUAUCUGGAUCGCAGAGUGUGUCACGCAGAGACAAAAGUCCAAGAUACAUAAUUACAUCCACACAUUUCAGUGUGCAAAUUAAGCG